AUGCGGCCGACUCAAGGGCAGGACAUUUUAACUGUGAAAGCCAGGACAUACAGCCAAAUAGUCAGAAUAUCAGGGACUUGGCAGACUCCGGGACCAUCCAUCUGGGUCCGGCCGGAUCCGUCCGUGUCCGCCUGGUUUACCACUCUUGCAACCCUGCUCAAAAAUGAUGUUAUCCUUGUGGAGCCUUCCUUGAGUCCAACUUCUGACCCACCAUUCAUUUUAUCACCUGCAAUAACUGCAUUUCUCAGCGCAGGCUGUUUGAUCUCUCCAGCUGAAGUCAGUGGUGCAUGGGCCCUCCUCAAGAAUGUCAUCUGGAGUGGAGGGAUCACCAUCAACGUGGGACUGCUAUGGGAGACACAUGGCACUAGAAGGGGUGUAUGCCCAGCCGAGUAUCUGCUCUAUCCUCCUAGCCACUCAUGCCUUCAUCCCAACUGUCAACGUCGCACAAAGGGCAUGUCUCUCAAGAAGGCUGCUCAAACCUAUGUGGUGUUGUUCACGCUGACGAAAGGCCCAUGUGUUGCAAAAUCUGUCCACAUCAGAAAAUCAACCUGGAAUUGA